CGCCUGAGACAACAUUUGACAUAGCCGAAGACUACGGAUACAUUGUACAUGGGGUAUCUGUGUUGCUGCACCACUGCCCAUUCGGGUCGAAUGUCGUGGCUCUCAUGAAACUCCACGAUGCCUCCUUGAUCGUCUGCCACUUCGGUUUUUACACCACCUAGGAUACGUGAGUGUGCAACAAAUGACCCCGAACCAGUACGGAUACAAGGAGGUGCGCACACCGGCGACCACGCCUUCCGUCGAAUAUCAGGACGAAACACCACUGCGCUUGGAUGCCAUUGUGCCAGUUGGCGAGAACAAGAAGGAGGACGACGGCAUUCCGCUGGAUAAACGUGGUCGCCCGAUGGUCAAAUUCUUUAGAUGGCGCAUGAGCCGUAGGAAGCGACUGUGUAUCACCAUCGGACUGAUCUUGCUGUUCAUCCUCAUCGUCCUUCUUCUUAUCUUUCUGGUGGUCAUCCCCGCUCUCAUCCAGCACUACAUGAACGAGGUGGUAUUCACUAUCAACUUCAUGGACGUCACCGACAUCCCGAACGACUCGGAGAUCGAUGUGACCUUCAGCGUGAACCUGCAGCACGAUGUACCGGUGUCCGCCACCACCAAAGCGAUGACGGCAUCUUUGGUCUACGGUGGUGUGGCGCUCGGCACAGUGGGGAUUGAGGCGCUUGACAUCAAGUCUGGCAGCCAGAACUACAACUUGACCAUGGACACGACCAUGGUGAUCUCCGAUAUGGACGGCUUCAACGCGAUGGCGGAGGCCAUGAUGCAGGAUAAGACUGUCCCGAUCACCGCGACGGCUGAUGUCGACGCUCUCGCUAUGGGUCUUUCAUUCAAUAACCUAAACUUCGAGCAAACGCUAUCGCUCCUGGGUUUUAACAAGUUCCAGGAUCUGGAUCCUGAAGUCCAGCAUAUCGACUUGUGGGGGUGCCGCGAUGGCAUUUACGAGAUGGACGUCAACGCGUCGGUUUAUAACCCGUCGACUAUGGGACUGCAGGGUAUCGGUCCACUCAACAUGAGUGUGUACUACAAUAGCAGCUACCUGGGCUACGCUUACUCGGAGAAGCCGGAUCUGGGCAUGCCGCGUGGUCUGAGCAAUCAAACCUUCCGUGUGGUCAUGUCGGAGGACUCAACCGCGCUCCAGGGCAUCAUUACAGGCUUCUUCAGCGGUGGCGUUGAGAUGAACGUUCGCGGCGACAACCCGUACUCGACUGAGUACGUGCAAUUCAAGGAGGCCAUCAGCAAGGUCAACAUGACUAUCGAGUACGACAACGGACUUAAUGAUGUCUCCUUCAACACAUCGUGCGUUUCCAAUUUCCUGACCGUGCUGGGCUACUAGAGUGUACGUAUAGUCGAUCAUUGUAAUGACAGCGGUGCAGUUCCCUUGCGGGAAGCGAAAGUCAGAGCCAUACGCUCGAUAUCUUUGCUUGAUCUUCUCUUGCUCUCUGGUACCAGCAACGAUGAAUGCUCAACUUAGGGUUACACACUACUAGUAUUUACUAACUUUUAUAGCUAGUUCAGCUCGUUUUUGCUACCGCUACCAUGAUCUAAUAACUUUUCUUCUUUAAGCGAGGAGCGAGAGGAUAUCACACGACGUGUUGAAGCCCAAGCUGGAGAGACCGUCCGUGUAGAGGAUGCUCAUGUUGACCUUGCUAAUAGCUUCCUGGAACUGCGUGUACUCGGUCGAGUAUGGGUUGUCGCCCGUGAUGUAGAAUUGCGCACUGCCGCCCACGACACCCAGCGCCAUGCUGCUGAGUGCCGUUGAGUCCUGCGGCACCGUAGCACGGAAGAGCUGCACGCUCUCGCCACGCGGCAGACCCAGCUCAGGCUUGAGUGACUCGGCGUAACCCAGAUAGCUGUCAGCGUAGUACAGACUCAGAUUAAGCGCACCGAUGCCGUCCAGCCCCAUGUUGGACGGGUUGGUCAAAGUCACGUUGAUGUCCAUCUGGUACACGUCGUUGGAGCAGCCGAACCAGUCGAUGUAGUCGAUCUCCGGAGCGGGAUCGCUGAACUGGUUAAAGCCCUUAAGUGGCAACGUGCGCUCCAGGUCCAGACCACCGUAAGUCAAGCCCAGGGUGUGCGCCUUUACGGUGGCCGAGGCUUCGAGCGAGAUCUCAGAGUCCUCAACCAGACCCUCCGCCAUCAAGUUGAAGGCGUCGAUAUCCGUCAACGUGAGCGACCCAUCGACCGUCAGGUUGUAGUUCUGCUCACCCGUCUUGAUAUCAAGACCGGGGAUCACCACAGACCCAAAAGCGACGCCGCCGUACAGUAAUGAAGCAGUGAUGUCGUCCGUGGUAGCGGCGAUACCGAUAUCGUGCUGCACGUUGAAGCUCAGCUCGACGUUCAGCGCUGUGUCGCUCGGGAUGCUCUUGACGUCCAGGUAGUUAAUACUGAGUUCCACCGAGUUGACGUAGUGCUGGAUGAUGGCCGGGAUGAUGGCCAGGAACACGAUGAGAAGGAUCACACCGAUGAGAAGGAUCACCAGGCCGCUGAUGAGGAGAAUCCGCUGCUUGCGGGUCAUGUGCCAUUUGAAGAACUUGACUAGAGGACGGCCGUUCUUAUCCAUGGGCACGGAGCUAUCGCCAUCGCCCUUCUUGUUGUCCGUGCCAGGGGCGGACACGUCGAGGCGCAGCGCAGUCUCGUCAUUGUAGUGUGCGCCUUCGGCUACGGGUGUGUGUACUUUGUCGGCGUAAGUGUUUGGUGUGGUGCUCAUGCUGCUGAUCUUGCUAGUCGGGCUGUUCUUGAUGGCGCAGAAUGCAAAGUGACCUGCCGGGUAGUGCCGGCUGGUGAGAGAGCUGCAGGUGGUGCCCUGAGCGAGGGCUGCAGUAUCAGUCAGUGUCGUAUUGAAAAGUUGCCAAAACCAACUCACGUGUCAAUCACAUCGAACCCUCUAGAACGAAUAAAAAUCUUGCUUCAUAAUAG